UCAAACAUCUUGCGUUCAAAGAAGGGAAGAACCCUCUGAGAGCACGAGAGCAAGAUCAGGGAGGAGUGCGCAUAAACCCUAGUGGUUGUUGGAUCGAAAACCUAAGCUGUGAGACUGUUGGUUCUCCUGAUUUGAUCCAAUCAUGCCGCGGGAGAUCAUCACCAUCCAGGUUGGGCAAUGCGGGAACCAGAUCGGGAUGGAGUUCUGGAAGCAGCUCUGCCUCGAGCAUGGCAUCGGCAAGGAUGGCCUCCUUGAGGACUUUGCCACUCAGGGAGGUGACCGGAAAGAUGUUUUCUUCUAUCAAGCUGAUGAUCAACAUUACAUACCACGAGCUCUUUUGAUGGACUUGGAGCCUCGGGUUAUCAAUGGCAUACAAAAUAGUGAAUAUAGAAAUCUUUACAAUCAUGAGAAUAUAUUUCUCUCUGAUCAUGGUGGUGGUGCUGGAAAUAAUUGGGCAAAUGGGUAUCACCAGGGAGAGCAAGUUGUUGAUGAUAUUAUGGAUAUGGUGGACAGAGAAGCUGAUGGAAGUGAUAGCCUUGAGGGUUUUGUCCUUUGCCAUUCAAUAGCUGGUGGAACAGGAUCAGGAAUGGGUUCAUAUUUGCUGGAAACUCUUAAUGAACGCUACAGCAAGAAACUUGUUCAGACAUACAGUGUGUUUCCCAACCAGAUGGAAACCAGUGAUGUGGUGGUUCAGCCUUACAACUCACUUUUGACUCUAAAGCGACUGACUCUUAAUGCCGAUUGUGUUGUUGUUCUUGAUAACACGGCCCUAAAUAGGAUCGCUGUGGAACGUCUGCAUUUAAGCAAUCCAACAUUUGCACAAACAAAUUCAUUGGUCUCUACCGUCAUGUCUGCAAGCACUACUACCCUGCGAUACCCAGGAUAUAUGAACAAUGAUUUGGUUGGUCUUCUUGCAUCACUAAUUCCAACUCCUAGAUGUCACUUUCUGAUGACUGGGUAUACACCACUUACAGUGGAGCGGCAGGUUAAUGUUAUUCGUAAGACUACUGUCCUUGAUGUUAUGAGGAGACUUUUGCAGACAAAGAAUAUUAUGGUUUCUUCCUAUGCCCGUACAAAAGAAGCUAGCCAAGCAAAAUAUAUAUCGAUAUUAAACAUCAUACAAGGAGAAGUGGACCCCACCCAGGUUCAUGAAAGCUUGCAGCGGAUACGUGAGAGAAAGCUUGUCAACUUUAUUGAAUGGGGACCUGCUAGUAUUCAGGUUGCUUUGUCCAGAAAGUCACCAUAUGUACAAACAGCUCAUAGAGUAAGUGGUUUAAUGCUGGCAAACCACACCAGCAUCAGACACCUCUUCAGCAGGUGCCUGAGUCAAUAUGAGAAGCUGAGGAAAAAGCAAGCUUUCCUUGACAAUUAUAGGAAGUUCCCAGUGUUUGCUGAUAAUGAUCUUUCUGAAUUUGAUGAGUCUCGUGAGAUAAUUGAAAGCUUGGUUGAUGAAUACAAGGCCUGUGAGUCCCCAGACUACAUAAAGUGGGGCAUGGAGGAUGGGGAUCGCAGCUCAUCAGGAGAAGUAAGCCUUGCAGGAGCAUUAGAUGCAAAACUCACAAUAUAAAGACAAGGAAUUGGAGUUAUUUUAAGGCAGAUGCAAAUGAGCUUCAUGGUGUGUGUUUUGACAUAUUGUGAUUGUGGAGUGCUUGUGUGUAUAGUGUUUGUCAUGUUAUUGUCAACCCAUUAUGGGUUUUUCCUCUCAUUCAUUUGGAAAUGUUUCUAUUGGUUGGUUUGUUUGUUUUUAAUGAUAUAUUUUUAUA